AUGGAAUUUUUGAAAAACUUUGAUAUUUUCUCUUAGCCUAUUGAAUUUAAUUCCUAUAAUUAAAAAAUAAGAAAGAGAACCUUCUUCGGAGCAUUCUUAACUAUUUCUAUAAUAAUAACGACUCUGAUAUAUUUCAUUUAUUUGCUAAACCUGUUUUUUACUAAUCAAAUUGACCCUAAAUUUAGAAUGCAAACUUUUGUUUCAAAAGAUGCCAUAGACAUUCCUUUAGAUAAUGAGUUUGUUGGGUUUCAGUUCUCAUACAAUAAAAUGAAUGGUUUAUAUUAAAGCUUAAGUGAAAUAGAAGCUCAUUAAAAUAAGACAUACAUUGUGUUUAUACCUAUUUUAUUUUAGUCAAAUGCAACGAGUUACAAUGUUACACGUCUAAAUAUGACAAAAUGCUAAAAUUAACUUUUAGAUGGUUAUGAUUGCAUAGACUUUGAUAGCUAUAAAAACUUAUCUUUAACUAUGGACAACAAACUAAAUCUUAAAUCUUACUUAGUUAUUACAGCUUACAGAUGCUAAGACACUGAUUCAAUAAAAACUUUUGUUCCUAAUAAUUGUGCAAAUGCUAGUCAAAUAGAUAAAGCAGUCAUAUAUGGACAACAAAAUAUAAGAUUAAAGACCACAUAAUUUAAUACAACAUCAAAUAAUAUUGAAACCAAUUUUAAAAAUUAGUUUAUGCAAAAUUUUAAUGGCUAAAUAGGUAUAGGUUCAAUUCAAACAACUAAGCAGAUAACUAAUGUAAAAUCAGGGUUUUUAAUUCAGAAUUAGGAAACAUUUUAUGGCCCAAUAUCACACACUUUCUCUCAACAAACUUUAGAUAAAGCUAGUUAUAUCUAGCAAACAGGAAAUAAAUUGAUUUAUGAAAUUUACAUAAGUGUUGAUGAGAAUAUUUAGCUUUUUAGUAUAUAAUAUCCUACCUUUCCUGAUAUCUUGGCUCUUUGUAAUAGUACCUUUAGCUUUAUGAUGAUUUUAGGUUUCUUUGCUAGAAAAAUAACUCAAAACAUGAUACUUUAAGAGAUGUUCAUCUUAAUUUUACAAAAUAUUUAUUAAGAGACUUAUUCUAAGAUAUUGAAAAUAAACAAAUUUGUAAAUUUCAGCUUGGAUUUGUAGCUUAAAUAAAUGUAAGUAGAUAAAAAGGUAGAAGAACCAGUAAGCAAAGAAGAAGAAGAUUAAGAAGAUGAUGAUGAAGAAGAAGAAGAUGAUAAAAUUUCAGAAAAAUCUAUCCCUAAAAUGGUACCAUUUGCUUAGCCUAAGCUAGGACUAACUAGGUUUAUAAUAAAUGCUGAUUCAGUUAACUAAGAGCAAUAGUCGUUUUAAGAUUAGAACUCUAUCUAUUCUUGUAUUGAACAAAAAGCAGAAUUAAUUAGGUAAGAUUGUGGAGGUAGGAUUUAAAGUGCUAAAGGGCUAUGUAUAAAAAGAAAUAAUUCUAUCACAAAUAAAAAUACAAAUUAGUCAAUUGAACAAAAAAAUAAAUUCAAAAUUAAUUUAAUUAAUUAAAAUUCAACAAAAAUAGAUUCCCCUUCUUCACUCAAUUUUAUCCAGUAAUAGAAAAGCUCUAUUUAAUAAGAUAAAUAAUAAAGGGUAUAUUAAUGUAAUUAAAUUGAAACAGAUUCUUUAGAAAACUAAAGUUUCAAGUAGAUAUUAAUCAAAAAAAUAAAAACUCUAAGUGAAAAACCAAUUUCGUAGAAAGUAUAAAACCUUCUAUUUAAAACAAGGCUAUGCAAAAAAAGGAUGUUUUUAGAAUCUUAGGGAUUGAACAGAUAAAUGAUAAUUGAUAUUGAAGAAUAAGUAAAUGAUAGUUUAGACUACUUUAAGAUUUAUAAAGACAUUCUUAUGUUAAAGAAAGCUAUAUUUAUUCUUUUAACAAAAGAGCAGCUUGCAGCCUUACAACUAGUAGGUUUUUCGGAUAAUUAAGCUCGAUCAUUAACAGAUUUGAAUUCUAAGAUAGAUAUAUUUUCAGCAUAAAUUGGCUAAAGAGAUAAAAAUUAUUUUGAAGAGCAAUUUAAUAUACACAAAUCAAGCGAAGUACAAGCCUAAUACAUUUAAUAAUUUUUAUUAAGAUGCUAAAAAUAACAAAACACGAUUCCAAUAGCAUACUUUUUUUAUUAUGGCACAAAUACAACAGUUAUUUAACUUAACAUCACUAAGUGCUCUAAUAGCAAUCUUGUAGGCUAUAAUUGCAUAGAUUUUUCAAGUAUAUCAAAUUACACAUUAAUGUAAAGUGGAAAGAAAGAUAUAUAAUCUAAACUUUAUUUACUUAUCUAUUCUUGUUCAACUAUUGAUGACUUCAAAAAAACUGUACCAGAUAAUUGCGCCAGCUAAGAUGAAAUAGACUAAUUUGUGAAUAGCGAAUAAGCAGGUCUAAAUCUGAAGCUAUACACUUCUCAGUACAAUACAACUUCGUAGUAAAAUUAAAUAAAUUAUUUGAAUAAGCUAAUUUAUCCAUUUUAAGAUUAAUUUGUUUUGAGUACAAUAUAUGCUUAAUAGUAAGUAACUUAAAUAAGCUAAGGGCUUUUCAUUCAAUCAUAAUCUUAAUAUUCUAGCCCAAUAAACUAUAAUUUGUAAAGUAAUAUUGUUGGCUAAUAAUAGAAUGAUCCUUACAUAGAAGUUGAGUUAUAAAUGGAUUAAAUUGUUUAGCAAAUCUCAAUUCAAUUCUCAACAAUUCCAGAAAUUUUAGCUUAAGUGAAUUCAAUUUUUGCUUUACUUCUAACUUUUGGUUUCAUUUUUAGAAUUUUUUCUCAGAAAGAAAUACUUAAAGAUUUUUUCUUUGUGUUUUUAUAGAAUAUGUAUUAAGAUACAUAUUAAAAAUUACUAAAGGCAAAUAAAUUAAUUGAAGAGAAACCAUAAAGUUAAUCAAUUCAACCAAAUACAUAACUCACUAAUGAAUAAGAAACAUAAGAAAAAGAAAGAUUUAACAAUAUAUUUUUACCUUUAUUUUAAUCUAAAUUUAGAAAUUACAUCGAAUAGAGUCAAUAAAGCAAAUAAAAUAAUUCUGUAUGUACAAUUGAAAAAGAUUAAAUACAAAAUACAGAAAAUAGUAAAAAUAAUGAUUUAUUAUUUACAGAUUCUGAACAACCAAAUCAAUAAUCUAACACAAUAAUAAACAAGUAAAUAAAUAUAAAAUAAAUGUGUUCACUUGGAUAAAAGAUAAAAAAUUAAUCCAGUUAAAUUUAAAUUUCUAAAUUUAAAAAUUCAUAGUAAGAAAUUGGUAAUGAUAGAGAGAGAAUUUUAAGUGAUUUGAAUAAAAAUGUAACAAAUUCAAAUCUAAGUAUUAAAUUAAGCUCUGAUAGCAACUAUGAAUAUUUAAUUUAAAAGUUAAGAAAUAUUUAAGAUGCAAAAAUCUUUGAAAAAGCUAAAAAAUUUAUUUUCUUGAAAACAUCUUAAUUUAAAUUGUUAAAAACUGCAAAUUUGUGGAAAAAUAAGAAAAAAGACAAAGAUGAAACAUGUGAAUUUUAGUCUCAUAAAAAUAUAAUAGAAUAAUAAAUCAAUAAAUAACUUAGUAUUUUAGAUUUAUAUAAAGACUUUCUAUUUAUUAAGAAGUCUAUUAUGAUGCUUCUGAGUAAAGAAUAAUUAGCUGCCAUGCAUCUAGUAGGAUAUUCUUCUGAGUAUUAAACAGAUCAAAUAAAAUUUUAAACAUAAAGUAAUUAAAGUUUCAAAAGUUACUUCGAAGAGCAGUAAGAUAUCCUGAAUUCAUAGGAUUUAUAAUGCAAGUAUAUUUAGUAAUUUUUUUAGAAAUUCUAAUACAAAAUUGAUAACGAGUCAGACAUUGAUAAAAGAAUAAUAUCUACAAUCAGAAAACAGUGA